AUGUCCCAGCGUGCUUUGCGCUCCCACCGUACAAAAACAUGGCAGCGCUCAGGGCCCCUCCCUGGUCCCGGCAUGCACCGGGGAGUAGGCCCGAUCUUUCUGUUGGGCAGGAACAUGGCGGCCUCCGGCGCAGAGCCACAGAUCCUGGUACAAUACUUGGUGUUACGAAAGGAUCUAUCGCAGACUCCGUUUUCCUGGCCGGCGGGCGCAUUGGUGGCACAGGCCUGUCACGCAGCCACCGCGGCCUUGCACAUUCACCGCGACCACCCGCACACGGUUGCCUACCUCCGGGAGCUGGGGCGCAUGCGCAAGGUGGUCCUCGAGGCCCCAGAUGAGACCACCCUAAAGUUACUGGCUGAGACCCUGCAACAGAAGAACAUUGACCACAUGCUGUGGUUGGAACAGCCAGAGAAUAUCGCCACUUGCGUUGCGCUCCGUCCCUACCCCAAGGAAGAAGUGAACCAGUAUUUGAAGAAGUUCCGGUUGUUCAAAUGACUGAUGUUAUCAAUUGCGUUGAUAUAUUUGAGUAUCAGCUGGAUCCAGAAAUUGCAUGCUGGCCAUCCCUAAGCAUCAUGUAUUCCUUUCAAUGGCAACACGCUCUUCCCUUUAAAUUAUGGCAGUUCCUUGAGGGUCAAACACAUGUUCAUAUUAAAGUUGUCAUUAAUAAGUA